AAUUAGGAAAAAAAUUCCAAGAAUUAGGAAAAAAAUUCCAAGAAUUAGGAAAAAAAUUCCAAGAAUUAGGAAAAAAAUCGUUAGCCCGAGAAACCAGUUGCAAAAUUAUUUUUAUCCUGUUAGAAUUUUAUGAAAAGAUUAAUAAAUUAGACUCAGCCGCGAGGAAAAAAAUCGAAGGAAAAAUUAGUCCCAAAAAUAGUAGUAGUUAUUCGCAACAUAUCAGUUAUUUGGGCAACCAAAAAUUAGAAGAUUAUCUAAAAACAGUAAUCGGUAAAAUUCAUAACCUUUUCACUGAGAUUCGACCCGAAUUAAUUGUGGUCAAAAACCAAUUCCGUGCUGAGAUUGCGGCUACGAAUACCUUGUCCGAAACCGUUCGAGUUUUUCACGACAAAAAAAUCAUUUUGGAAAAUCGACAACAACAAUUAAUUAAUAUUCAAAAGCAAAGUAUAGACACUGCCCGGAAAAAUGCUCAGUCCCGAAUUAACCAAGAUUUAACUCAGAUUCAGAAAGCCGGAUUAAGGCAAGAAAUAACUGAAAUUAUCGAAUAUGCUGACCAAAUCCAGAAUAUCAUUUUUUACAACACUUUGGCUGAAAUAGACCACGACUUAAUUUUACUAAGAAAUAAAUUGGGCGAGAGUCAAUUUAGCUAUUGGACUGAGGAAAUAAAAAAAGUCGUAAAUUUAACCGAAUUAAUUCAGUGCUACAAGAAUUUUACUUGUGGCCAAGAAAAAUAUCUUAGCUACAAAAAAAUUUUACUGGAUACUUUGAGCCGAGUGAAAGAAAUAACUUCUCAAACUAACCGAGCUGAGUUAGAAGAUAUAAUUAAUGAAUUAGGCCAACACUAUCAUAAAUGCCAAGAGGAUAACGACCUAAAAUUACUCGUUAUUGAUGAAUUUUUGGCCGACCGGACUGCAACUUUGAAACAAAUAAAUAAUUUUAGCUCUCGUGUGUUAGUUGACCUGAAAAAUUCUUCUUCUGCCGAACUUCGUCACAGAAAAUUAGAAAGGAUAAUUCAAUCUUACCAACAAAAAGAGCAAGAUUUUAUUGUCCGUUUAAAAUCUCAACUGCCCGAGGCUCGUCUUAAGGCUAACCGAGAAAUGAACCAAUAUUUAACGGCUUUUUGUGAUUUAGAAGGUUUAUUCCAAGCAGCCAGUCUGGCUAUCCAAUCUAAAAAUCCGAUUGGUGAUGUGAAAAGAUAUUUAGCUCAAAUUAACCUGAAAGAAUUGUUGGGAAAAGAAAACAUUGAUGAGGUCACCCAGAGUGCGGGUAGGAUUAAAAAUCUAAUUGCUGAAUUGAAUAAGCAAGAAUUUGUUAAUGAAGAGGAAAAAAUGGUCUGGAUGGAAAGUCGGUUCGAGAUUAAAUUUAAUUUGGAAUUUUUAGAAACCUGGCUUGAAUUUCAUAAUGAGCUAGAUAGUUUAUUAGAAAAGGAUAGCGAAAAUCCAGAACAAUUACAAAAAAUUAUCAUUACGGCAAGAAUAGCCGAAAUUAGGGCCAAAAUUGCCGAAAAAGAACAAGUCCAGAAUGAAGAAAAAAUUAAUCAUCAAAAAAUUCACUGGCAGAACCAACUCAAUAAUUUGUUAAAUAGGCAAGCGAAAGUCAUUAGCGACCCUUCUCAAAUUAAAAUUCUUCAACAAGAAUUAAGCCCCAAACAAUUUACAAAUGACGAAGAUGGUGCUAUUCAAAAAGAAAUUUGGAGUAGUCAGAAAAACUAUUCAUUAAUAAAAAAUGUUUGUCAAAAUCUCCAAGACUAUUACGAUGCUUUUCAAGAAUUAGACCAAAUUCUUACCUGCGAAGGUAAUGAUUAUGAAGAAUUGGCAAAUAUCGAGAAGAGAUUAAAGGAAUGGUUAGAUAGCCCGCUUAUCACUAGAAAAAAUGCGGUAGCGAGUUGGAAUUCCCGCCUAGUCAACAAACUUGCCGAAAUCGAAAAUAAAAUAGAAUUUUUGCAACGAACCGCAGUGGAACCGACUAGCCAAAGUUCCGCAGGAAAAUUGAAAAACUUAGAAAUAAAUUCAAAAAAAAUCCGUCGAGAUAUUCUCAAACGACAAACUGUAAAAACAAGAAAGAAGUUAAGCAAACUAAACGAUCACAGGGAAAAGAAAAAAUCAACUCCGGUUACUAAGAAAAAAAUACUGGCAAUGCUUACUAAAAAUCAAAGAUCAGCCAAAAAAUCUUUUUCACCAAUUUUAAAAGAAAAUCCAAGCACCGAAAUAAGACAACAAAGAAAGUCUGCCGAACAAGAAACUUACGAACAAGAGAAGGAAGCAAGAAUCAAUGAAGCCAAAAAUCAGACUUUUUGGACGGAUUUGCGGGAUAAUUCCCGACCAAAAAAAUACAUUUUAGCCAUGUUUCCUUAUCCGAGUGGGAGCGGUUUACACGUGGGACAUAUUCGGAAUUAUACAAUUGCGGACGCUUUGGCUCGGUUUUACCGAUUGAAAGGUUAUAAAGUGUUAAUGCCGAUUGGUUGGGACGCUUUUGGUUUACCAGCCGAGCAAUACGCAAUACAAACCGGCAAUCACCCCGCAACUUUUACGCAGGAUAAUAUUAAAAAAUUUAAAGAACAAUUGCUAAAAAUGGGGUUUUCUUAUGAUUGGAGUAAGGAAAUUAAUACGAGUGAGCCAGCUUAUUAUCAAUGGACCCAAUGGAUUUUUUGCCAAAUUUACCAGCAAGGUUUAGCCGAAUACAAGCAGGUUCCGGUUUACUGGUGUGAGGAAUUAGGCACGGUGUUAGCGAACGAAGAAAUUAAGUUAGUGGGCGGGCGAAAAGUUUCCGAGCGGGUUUUGAAAAUUACUCAAUAUGCUCCGCAAUUAUUAGAGGAUUUAGCAAAUUUACAAAGAAAUUGGAUCGGUUUAUCGAGAGGAACGAUUAUUAAUUUUUCACUAGCCGAAAAAAAAAUGACUAUUCCCGUUUUUACUACCCGUCCCGAUACUAUUUAUGGAGUGAAAGCAAAGAAAUUGCAGGCGAGUUUACGGGAAGUUAUUGUUUUAAUCCAAUUUGGCAAAAAAACCAAUUUUCUCCUUACUAAAGAAGACAAAAACGAAGCUAUAGAAAUCAUUAACCAAAAAUUAGAAAAAAAACAAGUUGAAAACAAUCAAAAAGAACUUUUGCCCGAAAAAGAUUUACCCUUAAUUCUCCCUCCUCUAAAUGAUUUCACUCCUAAUUCUCUAGACAUUUAUAUUGGUGGUCAAGAGCACGCUAAUUUGCAUUUACUUUACGCACGUUUUUGGCACAAGAUUUUAUACAAAAUUGGUGUGGUUUCUCAACCCGAACCUUUCCAAAAAUUACUUUGUCAAGGAGUAAUUUUGGGGACGGAUGGCGAAAAAAUGUCAAAAUCGCGAGGCAAUGUGGUUAGUCCAGACAAAUUAGUAGAAAAAUACGGGGCCGAUGCUCUUCGGCUAGCCGAAAUAUUUUUAGGACCACCCGAACAAACCACUAAUUUUAAUAUUAAAAGCGUGUGGGCCAUGAAAAAAUGGCUAAAUCGAGUCUACAAUUUUUUUGUCAGUUACCGAGAAACAAUUCUUCUCAAUACCGAAAACGAAGAAAUCAGCCCUCAUUACCACCAAAUGGUUAACAAGGCAACGGAUUAUUACCACAAGCUUAAACUAAAUUUGGUUAUUGCUUCGCUCAUGACUUUUAUUAACCAGUGUUAUGAAGCUAAACAUAAGUUUAUGAAACUUGAUUACUGA